AUGAACUUCCUAUCGAUCUUGGAGAAUCCCUGGUUAGUUGGAUUCAUCCUACUAGCUGCCACUGGAGUCUAUGCUAUCAUUAAUUGGGCAUUUGGCAGAGAUCUCUUGGCUAGAGUUACGCUGCGUGGUCGAAAAACUUCAACUGCCCAAACACCACCGCGAUCUUUCUCUCCGGACAAGAAAACUGCAACAAGCCCAACCUCGCCACCUAGCUACGAAAAGGUGCUCCCACCCCAGCGACGAAAUACACUUGCAGAUCUCAAUUGUGAAGCUGCACCCGCACGCGAUGUGCACGAAGAUGAAGUGCGUCGGAAUAUUCUACCCAUGAGCGUCAACUAUAUGACUAGCCCGGGCGAAAAAUAUACACCGAUGGGAUUCUCAGUGGCGGAAAUCAAAGCACUUGGAGACUUCCCAGACUAUGCGACUUUAAGUGGAGUUCCACUUCCCAGCCCAUAUCCCGAAUUCAAUAUCGAAAAGGCACUGCCGAGGCCAUAUCGUCCAUUCCGGUGGGCGUAUCACCAGACUAUGUCCUUGACCAAGCUUGAAACAGACUGGUGGAUUGAACUUGAAAGUACAUACAAAAGCCGCAUCGCCCAGCGCAAAGAACUCUACGCCAAGAAUGGCAAAGAAGUCCUCGAUGCCAUGCCAGGCUCUGAGCUUGCAUGCAAGGAGUUAAUGGAGAUGGUCCUGCAAUUUACCUGCGCCCGAUACCCGCAGUACUUCACACUGGUGGACAAGCGCAUACUACAGAACAAGAUCCUCGGUACCGAGCAGGACGUCACCGCUAAGCCCCCUCUCGAAGUCCUUUUAGAUAAUGUCCCAGAAGACUUUGCAGUCAUGCUUCGUGACGACACGACGGGAUUCUACUUCUUGCGUGCGGCGGUGAUCUGCUCGGCGCUGGGGUGGAAUGUCGCGUCAAAGGUUGGGAAGCAGCUGCAUGAGAUCCAUGAGCCGAUCCCGGAUUAUAAGGAGAAGAUGCAGUUUUCAAUGGAUCGCUUUUUCACCAAGAUGCCGGCUGAAAAGCCAAUUCAGCGAGGCUCAUGGGGCCUGGAAAUUGGACAACCAUUGUACAUGCCACCCGGGGAUCCUCACGAACUGCACCGGCUAUCUCAGCGGGAUGAUUUGAGCAUUGACGAUUGUAACUUGCGGGUAGACUGGCAGACUCUCAGACGUCUUCCCUUGUCCGGCGCAGUCAUUUUCAAUUUCAAGGGGCUUUUUACCCCCAUUGCAGAAUUUCGUGAUGAGCCCGGAGUACCGGCUUUGGUGAUGAAAGUGGUUACGGAAGGGAAGAAGAACCUCAUGGAUUACAAGAGUGUUUGGCACGUGCAGCAUGUUGUAGUUCCUAAGUUGAAGGAAUGGGCUGAGGAGCAGAAGGAGAAUGGGUUAGUUUCGAAAGACUGGGAAGUAUCUACUUUGGAUGACAGUCCAUGGUUCAAGGGUUGGCAAGAGAAGUGGCAUCGACAGCAGGGGUUCUAA